AUGGAAGAAGCACGGAUAAUCGUGGUAGGCGCGAACGAGCCAGCAAGUCCAGCAAGCCCGGAAACCGGGAAGUCUGGAAGGGAAGAUGAUGCGAUCGCAGACCUGCAGCCCAUCGCAGCGGAGGCUUGCCACCUGCACGGAGAAGUUGGUGCUGGCACCUUGGAAGCCUUGGCAGAAGUUGGUUGUAACGGUGACCACAGCGUCGAUGCAGCGGUGAUGCUGUCACUCACCAAUAGAGCUUGGGAAGUAACCGCUGCAGAGAUAGACCAUGUCCAGCUUCAACGAAGCGACGGAGCUGCAUAUCUUCUGAAGUUUUUGGAGGACAAACUCUGCAAAGCACCAAUUCCAGACACUGGUCAAAGACUUGAGGACAUGCUGAUCCGUCUGAGACGGACACCAGGCGCCUCCAUGACGGAGUGGGCGACUCAAGUGCGGGAGACCUACCGUCGUUUGCAAAGGGCGAUGGCUCGACAGCGAAGGGACAGUGAACUUCGCAAAGCUCAACUUGGAAACCCUGGACACACGGCACCAGUGCCGGAAAAGACUCAAGAAGCUCAGAGACGUAGGUCAGAUGUGACUUCACCGGCUCAAGAGCGGCAAUCCCACACUCCUACUGGUUCGCAAAGGUUUGGGAAUGAUGGCGAUGACUUCAAUCCUAAUCCUGUGCCUGAAGGCGAUCCAGGUCACGAAGAUGCACCAGAGCCCAAUCCAGAUGGUUAUCAACAAGUUCCCACGUCUGAGACCGAAUCUAACCCGGGCCAUUAUGAGUGGUGGACACGUGAGCAGUGGGAUGAUUGGUAUGCCCAGCGACGUCGUUGGCGUGACAAACCUUCAGACGCCUCAACCAAUGUUUCCUGGGAUGACACUGAUGAUGUCAAAGUUCAAUGGGAACAGUUUGACUAUGGUGAAAUGCAGAUUCUUCCCGAAGAGAUUCUAGGAUGGAUUCUACUGCGACGCAGUGGCCUGCCUGCGAGUGCCAGGCUUUCCAUCUUGUCUGCCAUCAACAACUGUUUGGACUUCUCAGUGAUGGAACGGGCCAUGAGGGAUCAAGAAGAAGAGCUGCUGGUGACUGAGGCCCAGAGAAGCCAUGGAGCAGUUCAGCGGCCUCGGCGUUCCUUUUGGAUUGAGUCUGAAGGUCAAUGGGGUUUGUUAGCGGAGACAGAAUUGGAUGAGAUCAAUGAAAACUCCAUUCACUGGGUUGGUGAUCACUUGCCAGCAGAAGUCUAUACUGCAACAGCCCCCGAGCUGACAGAUGAUGAACAAGCCUGGGUGACCCAGCUCCCCAAUGGUCAAGAACUUGAGUGGCAAUGGCAUGAUGAUGAUUUCUAUGCCAUGGAUGUGAACGGAUGUUUUUGGAGCUGGUCAGAGACGAAGACUUGGCUCGACUUUGAGGAGUGCAUGGCGUCAGCUCCAGCAGAUGCCAAGCAGUUUGAAGAGGUCUAUGCGAACUUCCAAGAUCGCAUCCGCACCUUCAAGGGAGGCCACACUAGCUCUGCUCCUACGGGCACUGGUCCUCAACGUCCUGGCAAUCCAGGAUACAAGGGCUGCUUUGUAUGUGAUUCUCGUGAACAUGACUUUCGGACCUGCCCGAAGCGACAGCAGCCCACCGCACCUUCUAGCUCUUCCAGCAGACCUGUGCACUACUCCCACUCCGUGCUCAAUGCUACCAUCUUCAUGGUAUCUGGCGAGACAGAGAAUGUCAUGGGCAUUCCUGAUGAGACCAUUCCUGUUUCUGCUGAAGCGCUUGCGGUUUUGGCUCAGGAGUACCCUGGCCAUGCAGUGAUUGACUCAGGCGCAACUGAAUCAAUAGCUUCUUUGGAAGCCUUGGAUGAAAUCAUGCAGUUGCGUAGCGAACGUUUUGGCAGUGAAGAUGUCGUAGUGCACGAGCAGAAGAAGCGUUUUCGUUUUGGAAAUGGUGAGAUGAAGUGUGCAGAGUCUUUUGUAGAGCUUCCUCAGUUUUUGUCAGGGCACCCAGUGAAACUGGGAGUACACGCCAUGGAUGCUCCGGGUGUUCCACUUUUGAUUUCAGUGAAGACCUUGACACGUUUGCAUGCAGUGGUAGAUUUUUCAACAGCGGAGAUUUGCUUCAAGUCCAUUUCCGACAAGGUUUGGAUUCCCCUGAAGCGUGCCAAGAAUGGCCAUCUUUUGCUGAAUCUCACGCAGGACUGGUUUCAUGGUGAGUCCAAUGUGCUGCACGAUGAAGUUUCACAUGUUUCAGAUGAUGUCAAGUCCCCUGCACAGUAUAAGAGUGCGAAGCAGAUUGUCGAGAUGGAUUCAAUGGUUUUGAGAGAGUGCAAUGAGGCCACUGCACCUUCAGCAGUGGCAAAGGAGAAGCCGAAGGCAAAGCCGAAGAUAUCAGCUUCUCGAAAGAACCGGGAACCCUCCAGCGAACGUUACGACUGGAGCAGGGCGGAAUAUGCCGACCCCCGGGACAGCCGCUGUCAAGGUUUCCCCUGCUGGGGACAGCACCAACCCGAGAAGGAGGGACGAGGAUCUCUCAGCGGCAGGAACGGACAUGCCAAAUGGGAAGUCUGCUCAGUUUGCCGAUUACGCACCCUUUAUGUCCCAACUCAUGGCAGCAAAGGGACAUACAGGAGCGCAGGACCUUUACCUGCGGAUGCUGCACGAGCCAUGGAGAAGGUCAAGGACACCAUCCUCACAGUCCCCGAGGAUCGGGAGACUUUGACCACCAAGGCUGUGGGGAUCAGCGGUGCCAAGGAAUCCCUUAUGAAGAAGCUUGCCAAGUUGGAGAGCGAGGAGAAAGCUCUUCAGACCAAAGGAUCCUCACAGGCAACGGCCUCUGCUACACCGCCUCCAAAGACUGUCACCGAGGUUUCCAAGAAAGCGGCGAAGCGAGAUCAGGAGACCACACCGGAGAAGUUGGAGGAGGCUCAUGCUAUGCUUCUGCAAAGUGGCAUGGACUAUAUCGAGGACGCCAACGCCGCCCUUGAUGAGCUCUAUGGCCAGCGUGUGGAACUGAUGGAAAUUUGCUGCCCCACUGACUCCAGACUCACAGAAACCUUUUUGAAAAAGGGCAGAUCCGCUAUACGAAUUGGCCUGCCUGCCUUUGACCUCAAGACCAAAGCAGGCCUCACCGAACUGAAGGGCAUGUUGCGCAAACAUCGGCCGGCGCUGGCGUGGUUCUCUUUGCCAUGUGGGCCCUACAGUCCUUUGCAGACUCUGUUCAACGAGUCCACUCCUGAGGCGAAAGCCAAAAGUGAAGAGCGGAAAAGACAGUCGCGGAAGUUGAUCCGCAAUGGCAUUGAAGCGGCACGUGAACAGCUUCUACUUGGCGGACAUGUUGGCUGGGAGUGGCCAUCUAACAAUGGUGGAUGGAACCUGCGAGAAAUGAGAGCUUUUCUGAAAGAAUUGGAAGAGCUACAAUGCUAUCACCGAGUGCAUGUGGAUGGAUGUGCCUUUGGACUCCUCAGCACCAAGGGCAACCCUCUACGAAAGCCAUGGAAAAUUGUUUUGACAAGUGGGACUUUAGCUGCUGCUCUUGGAAGACGGUGUCCAAGUCACUCCUUCCAUGAUGAGUGCAUCGGUGGUGAAGAAGCGAGAAAAUCUGGGUUUUACCCACAAGCCAUGUGCGAUGCAAUUCAACGUGCAGUUCAUGAGAUGAUCAAUGAGACCCAGCAUGGUGUUUUUGCUGAAGCCUUUCCAGUUUUUGACACAAAGGGGACAGAGUAUGAGCCAAGGAAGGCAGAGUAUGAACCCCUUACAGAGAAUGAGAGAAAGGCGUCACAAAAACUUUUAGACAAGCUGCACCGCAAAACAGGACACCCUUCAAAUACUGCUUUAGCUGCGACCCUACGACGCCGUGGGGCACAUCCUGAAGUUUUGGAGAUGGCAAAAAAGCUGUUUUGCGAUGAUUGUCAAGAGUUGCGUAUGGCACCACUGCAUGACUCUGUUUCUUUGGAAAAGUCAGAGACAUUGUGGGAAACCUUGGUGAUUGACAAUGCGGAGUUUCCAGCAGAUGGCAAGGUCAUGCAUUGCCUCAUGAUGAUUGAUGAAGCCUCUCGUUUGCUAUGUCCUCAUUUUUUGUUUGAGCAUUCUGACCAGGAGAAUCGAAACUGCACUGGCCAGGAAGCUGUUGAAGGAAUCCGUGAUUCUUGGAUUCGCCACUAUGGUGCUCCAGCAUGCAUCCGGCUGGAUCCGGAAGGAGCCUUUCGUUCUGGAGAACUUCAACAAUGGUGCUCAGAGAGAAGCAUAGAGGUGCUUCCGUGCGUUGCGGAAUCUCAUGGUCAAAUAGGAAUCAUAGAGAGGGCAAUUCAAACUGUGAAAGCCACAGUGAGACAGCUGCUGCAGUCCUCAGAGUUUUCACCUUGGGAGGCAGUAGUACAUGCAUGUCAAUCACACAAUGAGCUUGACAAGAUAGAAGGAUACACUCCUUAUCAAUGGGCUUUUGGAAGACAACCAACUCAUGCUGGACGUUUUCAUGACAAAAGUUUUGAUGACCCUUUCUGGACAUCAUCAGCAGUCCCGGGCAGUAGCAUGGCAACCAAUCUGAAGCUGAGGGUGCGAGCUCAGCAGACCUUCUUGCGACAACAAGCACAAGAACAAGUGAGUCGUGCUCUCAAUGCGAAGACUCGCAGAAAUCAGAUUUUUCUGCCUGGUGACAUGGUCUACUUCAAGAGAGUGAAACCGCCGGCUCAGCCAGCUGCAGCCACGCGGAUGGGUCACAAGCUAUGGCGAUGGUAUGGUCCAGGUCGAGUCUUGGCUUCGGAAACCAGAAGUGAUGCCUAUGGAUGUGAGCGUAGGCCCACGCAUGUGAUCUGGAUAGUGACGCAUGGAAGACUGAAACGCUGCUCACCAGACCAGCUGCGUCAUGCUUCAGAACGAGAACGGAUGAUAGCUGAGAACUCACAAUCUCCUAGCACUACAUGGACUUUCCACAGCAUGGCUCAAACUUUGGUGAAGGGUGAGUUUGAAAUCUUGGAUCAAAACGUUUUUCCUGGUGAUGGUGAGCGAAUGGCAGUAACACCAGGAGUUAGCAGUAGGUCUAGGGCCCGUAGUUCAGAUCCCAGCAGCGUCCCCACCAGUGGUGUACGCUUAGAAAGUCUUGAUGGCAUCGAUCUGGAACGCUAUCUGCGUGAUCCUGCAUAUGAGCCAACUCCAAGUGCCGUGGUGAAAGAGCGCCCAACUUCUGAUCUUUUUCAACAACCUUUGUUCAAGAAGCAACGCAAAGAGCAUUUUGGAGAUGAUGAUCCUUUUGCUGGCUAUGUUGCACAGAACAAAGUUGAGUGGCAUCCUAAGAUGGUGUGUACUUUGGAAUUGCCUCUGCCUGAGACCUCUAGGGAGUGGAAGCGUCUGAAACGUGAGCCUCAAUCCUUCUUCGUGAAGAAAGUUCGAAGUGCAGAAGUGAAAUGGCAUCUUCUCUCUCCAGAAAAGAAGGAGGCAUUUCAGGCGGCAAAGCAGGCAGAGGUGGACCAAUGGAUUCAAGCAGAAGCUGUCAAGAGGGCAGUGGGACCAAUUCCAAAAGGGCGAACUCUGCAAACACGGUGGGUGCUCACCUACAAGGAGAGCGGCGCACCAAAAGCUCGAAUAGUGCUGAUUGGAUACCAGGACCCAGACCUGGAGUCGCUCCAGUCUAGUGCACCGACCAUGUCUCGGAGGACAAGACAGGUGGCCCUCCAGUAUUCUUCAGUGAGACAAUGGCGCCUUCUCAAGGCCGACGUCAAAGCCGCCUUCCUACAGGGCGAAGUUCUCAAGGCAUGCUAUGGUCUGGUGACAGCACCAGCCCGAUGGUUUCAAUGCAUUUCCAAGACCCUGAAAGAACUUGGCUUCCACCAGUGCAAGAGCGACCCAUGUCUAUGGAUUUUUCUUUGCGCGGAUGAACGAGGUGAGAUGCAGACCCAGGGUUACAUAUGUUCUCAUGUGGAUGAUUUCAUCAUUUCGGGCAAUGAGCAGUGCGAAGAAUGGUGCAAAGCCUUGGAGGAAUUUCAUGGGCGCUUUAGAUGGAGCCCAUGGGAAGCCCAGUCAUUUCUCCAUUGCGGCAUUCGUCUACGGGAAGAGCUGGAUUUUAGUUUCUCCUUGGACCAUUCCACCUUUUGUGAGAACAUUGAGCAGAUCACCUAUGAGAAGCGUGCCGACCACGAGCGCGUCACCGAUGAUGAACUGACCCAGCUUCGGGGAGUGCUAGGUGCGUUGCAAUGGCGCUCACACCAGACAGAUGUGUGUUUUGUAGCAUGGUCGGACGCAGCAUUGGCCAAUCGCGUCGACUUUGGCUCUACUGGUGGAUUUCUGGUUGCUGCAGCAAACCCUUGCAUCUUGCGUGGCGAACCUUCUCCUCUUUCUUUGAUCUCAUGGCGCUCUGGCAAGCUGGGUCGAAAAUCACGAUCGACUUUGUCUGCAGAGGCGCAAGCGCUCUCUGAAGCAGAUCAAGAGCUGAUGUUCGUAAGGCUGGCUUGGAGUGAGUUGUGUGGCAUUGCCGUUGAUUUGAGAAAGGCUGAUGAAAGCAUCAGCAAAAUUUCCGGAACAGUAGUCAUAGAUGCAAAAUCUCUUUUUGACGUCCUAGAGAAGCGAGAACUUAAUUCGGCAGCAGUUGGUUUGAAAGAUAAAUACAGAGCUCUGGAAGUGUUAUGUUUGCUGGAGUCAAUAGAGCGAUUGAAGACCAAUGUGAGAUGGGUGCAUUCGGACGCCCAAUUGGCUGAUGCCAUGACCAAACCACUGCCGCCGGGAAUUUUACAUAAGGUCCUCCAUGACGGAAAGUGGACUUUGUGUUACGAUCCCAAUUUCACGAGUGCCAAGAAACUGAAGGAGUAUCAGGCAUUGGCAAAUGAUGCAAUGAUGUCGCAAGUCAGUGACAUCGCGGUGAAAUUCAUUUUGAUUGGUGCCGGGGUGUUGGUGGCCGCAACAAUGCAAGGCUUUGGUUUUUCUUGGUUUGCUGCACAUCAAGUGGCCAAGAUGCGACCUUUGUACUUCGACGCCAUGUUGCAUCGGGAUGUUGGAUGGUUUGACACACAUUCCCCAGGGGCACUGCCAGGUGAAAUGGCCUCUGAUCUGGAUCAAUUCGCAGAAGGCUUCGGCAACAAACUUGGUGUUGCCGUGAUGUCACUGUCCGGAUUGAUCGCGGGUUUGACAGUGGGCUUCACCCUGUCCUGGCAGAUUUCGCUUCUGAUGUUGGUCACUUUGCCAUUGAUGGCUUUGGGAGCUAUUCUGAUGGCAAGUGCUGUUGAAGAUGCAUUGAAAGAAGUUCAGGGUCCAUACGAGAAAGCUGCUGCUUUGGCUGACGAAGUGCUAUUCGCGAUUCGGACCGUGGUGGCUUUCGGCGGUGAGGCCCGAGAGCUUAAGCGCUAUGGAGCAGCAACCGACCUUGCAAAGAGAGGAGGUCUCAAGAAUCGAAUCAAGAUGGGCAUGGGAAUGGGCUAUGUGUGGCUUGUUUACUUUGCAGCGAUGGCAUUGGCCUUCUGGUUUGCAAUGAAACUCAUGUACGAUGGCAACGAGGACCUCACAUCUGGCAAGGUUAUGUCAGCAUUUUUCUGUGUGUUGACCGUGGGCUUCAUGGUUGGCAACAUCGGCCCAGGAUUCGCUGGCAUCGGUGCCGCACAGACAUCUAUGGCCCGCUUCUUCUACGUGGUCAAGCACGAUUCAGAAAUUCAACGAAGACAAGUAGAUGAUCGAUUGAAAAUUGACCGGGUUGACACAUUGCAGCUGCAAAAUGUGCACUUUGCCUACCCUGCUCGACCGGACAUCAAAGUUCUUCAGGGUGUGUCAUUGACGAUCCAGAAGGGCCAGAAGGUUGCCUUUGUGGGGGAGUCCGGCAGUGGAAAGAGCACCAUCAUGGCGUUGCUGGAGCGUUUCUACGACCCAGUCGAGGGCGCUGUACUUGUGAACAAUACAGAUCUCAGGAAGCUGAACAUCCAAUCAUACCGCAAGCAGAUUGGAUAUGUCGGCCAGGAGCCUGUUCUUUUUGCCACGAGCGUCCGAGCCAAUAUCAUGCAGGGAAGCACUGGUGCCACAGAGGAGGACUUGCAGAUUGCUGCCUCCAAUGCCCAGUUGGACUUCGUCCACAAUUUGCCGCAGCAAUUCGAUACCUACGUGGGCUCUGGAGGGUCUCAGUUCUCUGGCGGUCAGAAGCAGCGGAUUGCCAUUGCCCGGGCAUUGCUGAAGAAACCUUCAGUCUUGUUCCUGGACGAAGCCACCAGCGCUUUGGACAGCACCUCGGAGAAGAUGAUCCAGAAGACCAUCGAUGACCUCGGAAAGAGCAGCAGCCUGGGCAGCAUGACAAUUGUAACGAUCGCACAUCGUUUGAGCACAGUCGAAAAUUCUGAUGUGAUCUAUGUCCUUCAGGGCGGAGAGGUCAUGGAGCAAGGCUCGCACAAGGAGUUGACUGCCAAAGAGGGCGGCAUUUACCAAGCUCUUGCUGCUGCACAAGGAGCAGUGAUGAAACGCCAGGUCUCUGACACAGAAGUUGAUGAGAACAAGGUCAACGUGUCCAGCGGGAAGGUCACAACGGCCAUUGCCAAGUCUGAACAAGCGCAGGAGGAGGCAGAGGAUGAGGAUGCACGAGAAGCAAGGAUCGCAAAAACCUACAAGGUCCCAAUGCUUCGCUUGCUGGGUUUCUCCCGCAGAUAUUGGGGUUUCUUCAUCCCUGGAUUUCUGGGUGCAUUGGUGAGCGGAGCUUGCUUCCCCAUUUUGGGUGCAUACAUUCUCGUAGAUGCUAUCGUUGCACUCAUGAAUCCUGACAAGGAAGUGAUGAAGUCCAGUGCAGAGACGGCUGCUAUGUGGUUUGUGGUGUUUGGCGUGGCCAAGUGUGCAGCAACUUCCGUGCAGUUUGGAAGCUUCGGAAUCAUCGCUGAGGUCACGACAAGGGAAGCCCGUGUAGCGAUGUUGACCCACAUGUUCCGUCAAGAGAUUGGCUACCAUGACGAUCCAGAGAAUAGUCCUGGCAAACUGGUCGCAGCUUUGAAGAUCCAUGCUUAUCGGGUCUCGACACUCAUUGUGAACUUCGGUGACAAAGUGGAUGCUCUUUGCUCCGUUCUCGUUGGCAUGGUGAUUGCAUUUUUGGCUUGUUGGGAGAUGGCGCUCGCAAUGCUUCUGGCGAUUCCAAUUUUCGGCGUUGCACAAGGCAUCCAGAUGGCAGUGAUGAUGGGGGCCGAGAAAGCAGAGUCCCAUCUUCUUAAAAAUGCAUCGCAGGUCAUUUCAGACUCACUAUUGAACGCUCGCACAGUCCAAGCAUCCGGAAAUGAGAAAGAUGUAUUGAAGCUCUAUAGCAAUAUGAUCGAAAAGAUGUCCAAAGGCCUCACGAGGGGAACAUUUCUCGGUGCAGUUGGCUUUGGAGUUUCAAGUGCCGUCGUUUUCUGGGUUAUGGCUGGCGGCUUCUACAUCAUGGGCUUGCUCAUCAAGGAAGGAAGAGCUGACUUUCAGUCAGGCCAGCAAGCAUUCAUGGGUAUCCUCUAUGGCGCCAUGGGCGUUGGCAUGGCCUCUGCGCUCACGGGCUAUAUUGCCAAAGCAAAAGUUGCUGCAUAUGUCCCUCGGAUGAUCAUCGACUUACAUUGA